AUGGCGUUUAGGAUCAAUUGUGCCAGAGUGCAUCUACCUGCUAUGGUAGAGAGUGCAUUAAAGGUGCUAAUGAUAGCAUGGGAUGAUUUGGUGUUUGCUUCUGCAAACAAUACUAAUUCAUCUGCAAAUAGGAGAUGGGAUAGGACCAUUGAGGGUAGUGCCAGUAAUAUUUGCAAUCAUAAUUUUGUUGCUGGUGAAAGUAGUGAAGAUCCUAGAUUGCAUGAAAUGGUUAUGGAUGCUCUUGGGAUGUACAAUGAGGGUAACAACCAACAACAUGUUGAUCAACCUCCCAAUGAAGAGGCACAACGUUUUUAUGCACAAUUAGAGUCUGCUAGUCGUCCAUUUUGCGAAGGCAUGUCACAUUCUGCAUUGUCUGUUGCCGUUAGAUUGCUAAGUAUUAAAUCGGAUGCGAAUAUUUCUAUAGCGGGCAUGAACGCUAUGAUUGAGCUUAUGAAAGAACUUAAUCCGAACUUAGACAUACCCGAUGAUUACUAUAAAGCAAAAAAAUUGGUUUCCAAAUUAGGUCUCUCGUCUAUGAAAAUUGAUUGUUGUGAAAAAGGUUGCAUGUUGUAUUAUAGGGAUAAUGCAGAUUUAGAGAAUUGCAAAGUUUGUGGAAUAUCUCGUUUUAAACAGCUUGCCAGCGGUAAUAGGGUUGCAGUUAAGAAAAAGUGUACAUGGAACCCUGUCGAGGAUAGUGUUAUUAGAAGUAAUUUUACAAAGAAGGUGAGUUCUCGGUUGUCAAACAUUUUUUCCGAAGCUCGGAAAAAAGGUCAAAAACCUGGCUGGCUUGGGACAAAUUACUGGGAGGAGCUUAAUCAAUACUGGGCUACGCCGGAGUUUCAAAAGAAGAGCGCCCAAACAAAGGCAGCUCGAAAGUCUGAGAAGGGUGGCUCAUUGCACACUUGUGGUUUAGUGUCCAUGGGGACUGUUAGGAGGAAAUUGCAAGUUACUCUUGGUAGACCACCCAAUCGUCAUGAGGUAUGGAAGAAGACACAUACGAAAAUUGAAGACGGAAAAGAAGUUUGGGUCAAGCCACGGGCAGAGGAUACCUAUAAUCGGUAUAAUCAAGCGAUGGAGGAGCUCACUAGGAGUCAGUCGACCGAUGAUCAAGGCAAUACAAUCAUGCCAUCGGAGGAACAAACUAUCUCCUGUUGGUUGGACGUGGUCGGCGGCGUGAAUAAGGGAAGAGCAUACGACCUUUGCUCCGAGAAGAACUUUCACCGCCUCCAGUGUGGAUUGCAAGGUAUAGGAAGUUCUGCCACUGUGUCAAAUGAGCAGCUUGAGGAGAUGCGACACGAACUUCGGGAACUUGCUAGAAAUUAUGAGGAGGAACGUAAGAAAAGGUUGGAGGAGGAGCGACGUAGGAUAAAUCUUGAGUCAGAUGUCAAAGAACUCAAGAAUCAGGUGUGUAACCUCAUCAAGUUGCCUCGCUCUCCGCCCUCGAGUCCCGAUCAUGAUGAUGGUGAGGAUGUAGAGGAUGAGGACGAUCAGGAGCAUGGAGAGGCUGAAAUGGAGUAUUAGGUGUCCGUUGUUAUUUUUGUUCUAACUUAUGUUAUUUUGGAUUGUUUGAAGUCUAGUGGGAUGGUAUAUGUUUGGAUAACGUUGACGUUGGUUGGAUUCGUACGUUUUUUGUUGGCUUAAUUUUAAU